UUCCAUGUCACUUUGACCUGUGGCGUGGACACAAAACUACUCUUCCUCUGUGGUAGCUAUGCACUUGUGUCCCGAGUGACGGGGAUUGGAUCGUAUCCAGUAAAGGGCUCAUUUAAUUGUGAAAGUGGGGCCGGUGUAGAUCUAAUUGUUUCCUCAAAUAAACUUCCUCCAAACUUCGCAAGCAUUCGUUAGCCAUGGCGCUCGAAGCCAUACACGGAACUACAGGUGUCCGCCCGGGACACGCAGGGUUCUUUCCAGAGAGUUCUUAUUUCUCUUGUGACGAGUUUCAGUUUUUUUUUUUUACUUUCACGUGCCAAAUAUUUCCCAGUCAGCUAUACUAAUGAAACAUCUGCACCACAACAGGACAGAGUGACAGUAACUUUCCCCUAAAGUGGGUAAUCCGUUCACCUCUGUACAUGCAGGCUAAGGAACACUCCUAGAUCGUGUUAACUAGUCUGUGGAGGCCUACGUAUUGCGCUAAUUAAACUCAAGUGAUUUAUAGCUGUGGCAGAUGUGAUUUCAGAAGCUUAACUUUCCGACAAAACUACCUUCAUAGAAGUUGUGUGCCAACUAGGCCCAGGUGCUUUAGCUAACCCACGCCUCUCCUAACGAGGCUAUACUGUACCUUAUUCCGUCGAGAACCGCUCCUUUUCUCGGCAGGUGUGACAUACAGGUGACAUACAGGUGUGACGCUUUUGGUGUUUCCUGAAGUUUACUAGAGUGGAAAAUACCUAACGUUGCGUCACUGUGUUUAUGAUGGUGUUUGACACAGUUUUGAUAUUUACAUUUGAUAAGUAAAUUGUCGGGCCGUGUUGAUAUUCCCACAAAGGACAAAGAGUCUCGUUCGGUUUGGUUCCUCCCCUCCUGGAUCAGGUCGUGUGGUAGGACAUGACCGCUCGAGUGUGUAGUUUAAACUGCUGAUCGCGUCACUCCCAGCACUGUACAAAGGGAUGGAAGGUAUCCUGUGUGGAAUGUGCUCCAGCAGGGCUGCCCUGUGUGGGUCAGGAGGUGAGAGUGGGCAAACGAGGGGCUCUGCCAGCGCGGGCACCAGCGACGGCUCGGGCUCGGGCUCCCAGUAUGCCCUCUGUGCGCUGGGCGUGGGCCUGGUGGCGCUGGGCGUCGUCAUGAUCAUCUGGACCAUCGUGCCCUUUGAUGGCGCCCAGAACUCCCAGAACGCCUCCUUCAGCAAACCCGGAGUAGCCGAGGAGGAGGCGGAGGAGGUGGAGUCGAAGACGAAGACGUCCUCGGUGGCGUUCGUGCUGGUGGGGUCAGGGGUCGUCAUGCUGCUGCUGGCCAUCUGUCUGGGCAUCAGGAACAAGAAGAGGACGCAGCGCAGGGGAACCCAACAGGCCACCGUAGCGGGGCAGCUCAUGAACCAUGCGCAUGGAGAGGAGGGAGAUGCGUCCGAUGAGCCCCCUCCUACCUAUAGCGUGCCGAGUUAUGAUGAGGCGGUGGGCAGUGGGCAGUACCCCAUCCGUCAGAGCAACCUGCGCAACAGCACCACACACCUGCCCUCCUACGAGGACCUCAUCGCUGCCGUGGAGAACGAGGGGGCUGGGACCGACCAGACCGACGGGGCAGACGGGGCCGGACCCAGCGCCACGCCGCCUCCAGAACCCCAGACGUCCCUGCAGCGCCCACCUCCCCCCCCCGCGGCCGCCGCCGCCGCCCCCUCGUCAGCACCCCCGCAGCGCAGCUCCAGCCGCGCCAGCCGCAUCCUGCGCCCGCUCCGAGUGCGGCGCAUCAAGUCGGAGAAGCUCCACCUCAAAGACUUCCGGCUGAACAUCCGAUCCCCGGCGCCCGGCACCGUCAAGAUCGAGCCCCUCACACCCCCACCGCAGUAUGACGAUAAGGCGCCUGAGUUCUGAGCGCUGCCCCUGGUGUUGUGGAGAGGAAGUACGGUGGGGGUGUGGGGGUGUUCAUGUGACAUUUAGAAGGGAUCCACAAUCAGGGGACCAUGUUGCUAUGGUAACGUGUUGUAAGGGAGCUUCUCCAGGUGAUAAACUGCUUCUUCGUUGGUGUCUGUAGACCGGCUGUAGACCAGUGGUAGCGUGUUAAAUUGUUCAGCUGUCCAGAGCUGGUUUAGCCAUGUCCUGGUUUAGGUUUAGCCCUGUCCUGGGUUAAGUCCGGUUUGUAGUCAGCUGCUUUCCACACCAUCAUCUCCCUCCAUCCAACCUCUAAUUCACCAUUUACUCUCCCACCCCGCAGUUAACCCCGCAGUUACUCCACAGUUAGAGAGUGUAGCAGUGAGUUGCCUACAGGCUCUGCUCAGCUGUUAUGACAUCAUCUGUGACAUCACAGUGAUUAUUACAGUGGGUUUGGGUGUCCUUACCUUAUGACAUCACAGUGAUUUAUUACCGUGGGAUUGGGUGUCCUUACCUUAUGACAUCACAGUGAUUAUUACCGUAGGAUUGGGUGUCCUUACCUUAUGACAUCACAGUGAUUAUUACCGUGGGCUUGGGUGUCCCUACCUUAUGACAUCACAGUGAUUAUUACCGUGGGCUUGGGUGUCCUUACCUUAUGACAUCACAGUGAUUAUUACCGUGGGAUUGGGUGUCCUUACCUUAUGACAUCACAGUGAUUUAUUACCGUGGGCUUGGGUGUCCUUACCUUAUGACAUCACCCCCCCCCCCCCCCAGCCCAAGCCUAGUCCAUGAGGAGAUUUAGCGCUGGUGCUCCGUGUGUUUAACAGGGGAGCGAAUGGGCCAUAAUCCAUAAUCGUUGGAAUAGACACUCCGAAUAGACACAUCAUCAGUACAUAUAAUCAAAAUAUCAGCACACAUAAUCAAUACAUCAGCACAGCCUGGCCUUGGGACGCACUGUAACCAACCCCAGCAGCUCCUCCGGACGGAGGUACACCUGAGAGAUGAACGGAUGUCAACAGACCACAGACGUAAACCAUGGAAACAGAGCUCACUGCCACGGUGGCCAGCCCUGCCUUUAAAGAAUAGUCAAUUUAAUUAUUGUAUUACUUCCUAUAUAAAAUAAUAAUAAUAAUAAUAAAGAAUAGUGUAUUUAAAAGUAGAAAUAACUCCAUUCAAUAUGUGCCUAGUCCAGAACAAAGACCUUUACUACGCAAAAAGUUGAAUGGUGUUUUUGUUUGUUUGUUUGUUUGUAUUUGUUUACACUGCUGUAUUUGUUUGUUGUUGUUUUCCCACUGUAGUGCUUUAUCAUUAUCUGGAGGUUUAUUUACCUGUGGGGAGCAAAAGGGAAGCGUGGGAAUAAGACAUGAGUUUCCCCCGAAAGGAGAGCAGAGAUGACCACCCACAUGAGUACAGACACACACACACACACACACACACACACACACACACACUGACUACGUCCAUACAGCGCUGCUCUGUGAGACCCCCGUAGAUGUGGCGGAGAUGACUGCAUAC